AGUUUUGUUCAACAAUAAUUUUUUUUUUUGACCCGGCAAAAAAGAAAGAGCCCGUGGUACCGUAAAAAGGAUGGUGUGGGGAAAAGGGCUACAGAAUGAAGAAGAAGAAGAAGAGCAGCAGAAAUAGUACAAUGCAAUGGCCAAACUCAGUCUGGCUAUCAACCGUUCAUCCAUUAAUGACUAACUUGUCGAAUUCACAGGCUAAGGCGUCAAUUCCUCGGACUCCAAUUCGAAUUCCAAGUGCCCUGUAUGAUUAUAACGAUGGUAACGCUUCUGGAGUGACUAUUCCUCCGCCUUCUCAUGUGAAAACUAUCACAAGCCCAUCGAACCCAUUUGUCAAGCACUGCCUCAAGCUUCGCCACAGCUCUUCUUAUCGCCACUUCCAUGGUUCAGCUCUCGUUGUAGGCACAACCCCAAUAAGGGAAAUUUACAGGUUUCAAGAUUCGAUGGAAGAGAGAUCAACUACAAUUGAUUGUUUACUUUUACUGGACAAAGCUAAAAUUCCCAAAUUUUUGAAUGAUUUCCCUGUUCGUAUUGUGCAUAUAAACUCAAUGGUGAUGAAAAGACUUUCUGGGGUGCAGUCUUCUGAAUCUAUUGAAGCAAUUGCUCUAAUGAGAAUUCCAAAGAGUUUCCACAAUGUAGAUGACAACCAAUGGGAGGUAGAUUGCCAGAGUUGGUUUCCAUCUCCACAUCGAAUUCUAGUCCUUGAUGGGAUACAGGACCCAGGUAACCUUGGAACAUUGCUUAGAUCUGCUUUGGCCUUUAGAUGGGGUGGUGCCUUUUUGCUCCCUGGAUGCUGUGAUCCAUUCAAUGAGAAAGCACUCCGAGCUAGCCGUGGAGCUUCCUUUCAGCUUCCAAUUGUUUCUGGCGACUGGACUCAUCUAGAGGCUCUUAGGAAUGAAUUUCAUAUGAAAAUGUUUGCUGGUCAUCCCGACAGUAACGAAGAUUUGAGAUCAGUUUCUUGCCUCUCUAAAGGGCUCUCAGAUUCUUUAACAGAUACCUCAUUAUGCUUGGUCUUGGGCAGCGAAGGUAGUGGUCUUUCGGAGAAAUCUAGGCAAGUGUGUGAGCUUGUAAGCAUCCCAAUGGCAGGAGAGUUUGAGUCUCUCAAUGUUUCAGUUGCAGGCGGGAUUUUAUUAUAUAUGUUACAGCCUCAGCAACAGAUAUACAGUUGAUUCUUUGAUUCAGAAGGCUAUUGUUGAGAUUAUCAAACUUAACAUUAACAGAUCCACUGGAUUGGGCAUUUUGAAGUGGGAAAAUUAUAUGCAUUUGCUCUUCUGCCACGGGACUGGGAAUUUCUGAGUGAUGUGAAUCAUCCCUCAACAUUGGUUUGUGAGAGCAUUUUUGAAAAUAAUUUAUUUGCAGUUCCAAGUCAAGUGUUCUCAUUAUCCUACAACAGAGAGGUAUUGCAUCACCACCUCCUCCUUUUAUGUGGCAUUGACAGCGUAGUUUCAUCACAAUAAAAUGACUACUUUUUUGAGAACUGCUUAUCUUGAUUGCCAAUAGAAUAGAAACACCUACUUCCAUCCAGAAACCAGUUGAACAUAUCGAUGCACUUUUCUUGCAUCUAUGUUAAUGUAGAUUUUUAUGAGUAUAAAAUUUCCUAAGUUAUCAA